AUGGCGGCGGGCGGGUCGGAGGAGCAUCCGCGGCGGCGGCUCUCCGCGCUCUUGGCGUACCGCCAGGUGGCGGGGGCCCAGCGGCUGGAGCGGCGGCGCUGCCGCCGCGGGACGUCGUUGCCCGCGAGGGGUAAGCGGGCAAAGGCGCGGCCGAGACGCGUCGCCCCGGGAAGAGGCGGCCCGGAGCCGGAGGCCCCGCCGCAGCCACCGUCGAGCGCCGCUGCUCCCCCGGGCCGCGUGGAGCAGGCUAAGGAGGCGGCCGGAAGCCCUAAAGCGAAGGGGCACGGCGGCCCUGCGGCGAGUCCGGGCGGCCCGCGGCCGGCGGUAGCAGGCAGCGGCGUGGUGGGGCUGCUACGGCAACUGGGGCGGCUGGAGGACAGCCGGCAGCGGGCGGCCGAGCUGUUCCGGUGGCUGGUGGCCCCGGUGCCGCCGGGGGAGUUCCUAGGGCGGCACUGGGAGCGCGAACCACUUCUGGUGCGGCGGGGUGAUCCCGGCUACUACGCGGGGCUCUUCUCUACGGCCGACUUCGACGCUGCCUUGCGGGACAGCGAGGUGCAUUUUGGUACCCACCUAGACGUGACCAGCUACGCCGAGGGGGUGCGGGAGACGCACAAUCCGUCCGGUCGGGCCCUGCCCGCCGUCGUCUGGGAUUUCUACCAAAAUGGCUGUUCCCUGCGGCUGCUCUGCCCCCAGGCCUUCUCCCCCACCGUCUGGCACUUCCUCUCCAUCCUGCAGGAGCACUUCGGCAGUAUGGCGGGGGCCAACACAUACCUCACGCCCCCAGGGACGCAGGGCUUUGCACCCCACUACGAUGACAUCGAGGCCUUCGUGCUGCAGCUAGAAGGGAAGAAACACUGGCGUGUCUACAGACCCCGGAGAGACACCGAGGUGCUGCCCCAAUUCUCCAGCGCAAACCUCACCCAGGCUGAGCUCGGUGAGCCCAUGCUGGAGACGGUGCUGGAGGCUGGAGACCUGCUGUACUUUCCCCGUGGCUUUAUCCAUCAGGGAGACUGUCUCCCUGAUGUGCACUCGCUCCAUAUCACAGUGUCCUCCUACCAGAGGAACUCCUGGGGAGACCUCCUGGAGAAGCUUCUCCCAGCUGCCCUGCAAAUGGCCCUGGAGGAGGAUGUGGAGUAUCGGCAAGGGCUUCCCAUGGACUACCUGAGGUACAUGGGGGUCGCCAACUCAGACACAGUUGAUGCUUGCCGAACAGCCUUUAUGGAGAAGGUGCAGAGCCUGAUAAAGAAACUUGUUGACUAUGCACCCAUUGAUGCUGCUGUGGAUCAGAGAGCCAAGUCAUUUCUUCAUGACUGUCUUCCCCCAGUGCUUACACAGAAUGAGAAGUCACUGAGUGUGUAUGGCUUCCCAGCCCGGUGGCAAGAUGGAGGCCCCUGCAAUGUCAGUAUACCAAUAACAAAGGACACGGAGGUGCGUCUCCUCCGCCAUGGCAUUGUUAGAUUGUGUAAUGAAGAAGCAGGUGUGAUGCUGUAUUACACGACAGAAAAUUCUAGAGUAUAUCACAAGGAAGAACCCAAGUUCUUUGAGAUAGAUCCUGAGCAUACAGACUGUAUUGAACUUCUUCUGUCUUCCUAUCCAAACCACAUACGUGUGGAUACCCUUCCAUGUGAAACCUUGGAGGACAAGAUUUCUCUAGCCAUGCUCCUGUUUGAGAAGGGCAUUCUGACCACAAAGAAGCCUCUGGUGCAAGUCUAA